AAGAUUCAGGGAGAGAGACCACGCCCACGCAAACACAGAAAAAGAGACAGACCUGGAAAACAGGCCGAAAAGUAAGGAAACACACAAAGAAAACCCCCUGAGGCACGGCUGCGGCCAUGACAGCUGUUUACCAGGUAUAAUGUGUUCAUAGUUUGCGAACAUUUGCUAAUAGGCGCUAAAACAUGAAAGACACCUGAAACUGAUGGGAAUUCCAGUGCUUUGCCACCCCCACACUGAAAGAGGAAGGGAGGGGAGAGAGAAAAAACCAAGGCAACCAACACAUUAACAAGCAAGUUACAGUCUACACACUCAGAGGAAGGAUCAGCAACAAAACACACUGACUGACGCACAAAUGAGAGAUUGAUGCCUGCUUCUGACAAGUUUUGGCUCCUGUGCCAUCUGAAGGAAAAGUAAACUCCAAGCGACGCAAGAUCCGUGCAGCAGAAAAGAGGAUCUGUGAGGAAGGGGGAAAGGAAACUGUUGCUGCCUCUGCCUCGGAUUCACACAGAGAGAUUUUCUGUUGCCGUACUUCAGGACGGGCUUCAUGGGUGAAAUAUGAUUCUCCAGCUGCUGGGCGACUGUGUGUUUACAGUGAUUCUGCUGCGAUGGAGGGCGUUUCCCAGCAGACCCAGUGACUCUCACCGCCGCCUAUGCCUCCUGCUAAAUGUGGAAAGCCUAGGAUGGAAGAAUUACCAAGUGCUGCUCUGAGGCACUGGAACAACACUCUCAACCUCCAUAACCUCAACCAUCUCACCUCCUCCUCUGCACACACUAGUUGCUUCAUCACCAUCACCAACCAGACAGGGACCACCGCCACUGGGUGACAAGAUUCCAGGAUGUUUGUGAAUUUCCGCCGGAUACGAAGAUGCCAGUGUAUGCAGCUGAUGACCACCUGCCUGGUGCUGUCAGUGGUGAUGGUUUGCUGGGAACAGAUGGACAACAAUGUCGUCAGCCACGUGAAGUCCUACUCCUACCGCUACCUUGUCAACCGCUUCACUUAUAUCAACAAAAGCCUCACCAUCCCACGAGAACAGGCCAGAAGCUUCAGCAACUUCCGCUACCUGCUGGACCAUCCGCACAAGUGUGCUGGUGAGGAUGUCCUCCUCCUUCUCUUUGUCAAAACAUCCCCAGAGAACAUCGAGAGGCGCAACGCCAUCAGAUCCACCUGGGGUAAUGAGACCUACAUCCAAAACACACUGGGAGUGACAGUCAAAGUGGUGUUUGCCUUAGGAACACCUCAGACCAAGGAGGAGGAGCCCUCAUGGAGCAGGAGGAGUAGGGUUGGUUCUCAGGAGCAGCUCAACCACGAAGACCAUGUCCAUGGUGAUUUGAUCCAACAAGAUUUUUUAGACUCCUUCCACAACCUGACCCUGAAGCUGAUCCUGCAGUUCCACUGGAUGCACCACCACUGCGCACACGCCCGCUUCCUCAUGACUGCUGAUGAUGACAUCUUUGUACACAUGCCCAACCUGGUGAGCUACCUGCAGGACAUGAGCAACAAAGGCGUCACAGACUUUUGGAUUGGGCGAGUUCACAGAGGGGCGCCACCAAUCCGCAGCAAAGACAGCAAGUACUAUGUGCCCUUUGAGAUGUACCCGUGGUUGUCGUACCCUGACUACACAGCUGGGGCUGGGUAUGUCGUCUCAAGAGACGUAGCAGACAGAAUCUACCAAGCCACGCUGACCCUGAAGGCCUCUCUUUACAUAGACGAUGUUUUCAUGGGCAUCUGCGCCAAUGCCAUCGGUGUGUCACCGCAGGAGCACGUCUAUUUCUCAGGUGAGGGCAAAGCACCCUACCACCUGUGUAUCUAUGACCAGAUGAUGACCUCACACGGUCAUGUGGAGGAUAUCUAUGACCUGUGGAAGGAUGCGACCGACCCACAGGUGAAACAGCGGACCUCUGGACUCAUAGGGAGACUGUACUGUACAGUAGUGAAAAUGUCUCUCCUUUGUCAACCAUACCAUUUCAACACUUACCCUUGCAAAGCAGCCUUUUUGUAGUAUUACUUCAGGUUUGUGCGUGUCAUUGUGUGACAGAGAGAGGGGGGAGUGUGUCAUGAAGAAAGGAGUAUCAUCGCUGUGAAUAUUACCUCAGUCCUUUCAGUCGGACACCCGUGUCACAACAUUGGAAUUUGUGUUCUGUGUUUCGAAACGCAAAGAGACCAAGCGAUUCAUGUUUGUCACUGUUAAUGUGAGAUCAGAACACGUCAACGACUUGCAGUUUUGGUGGUUUAUUAAUGUGACUUUACAUUGACAGCAGAAUGUGUUUUUAAAUAGUAGGUCCUAAAAACCCAACCAAAACCCACUGUGCCCGCAAGUAGAGUUUUAAUUGAUUCAUGAACUGUUCAGUGACAGCGUAUUUGUCGUUUUUGAAGUUUGCACCCUUCUGCAGCUGUUAAGUUGUCUUUUAAAUUUUUAAUACAGUGAAAACUUUUUUCAACACUUAGUCACCUCUUUCACUGGCAUUUGCCUAAAAUAAAGACACUUUUUAAAAAAACUUUUUAAGACUCCACAGAAACCUAUAGAGGUCUGUGUCUAAAACGACAAUGUGAAGCAUAAGUAACACAACUGGGUGUUUCGUGUGUGAGUAAAAAAAUACUGUACAUAAGUGACGUGUCAGCUCUAAAAAUGUCUGCAUGUCAUGAAGUGCAAGAUUUCUCACAGUGAAGUAGAAUAGAUCAAAAACAGUUCCUGUGAUGAAAUGACAAAUUAAUGAAGGGCAAGUGUUCUGAAUUGACAAUUUUGUUGUUAUAAGAUCCUUUUUUGUAAUUAAAUUUGUGGAAAAUGUUUUUUAAUGAAAUAAACCCCCCCCAAGUUAG